AUGACAAAGUCCUCAGGCUCUGGUGCAAGUGUGGUAGCUAUCGACAACAAAAUCGAGCAAGCUAUGGAUCUGGUGAAAAGCCAUUUGAUGUAUGCAGUUAGAGAGGAAGUGGAGGUUCUGAAGGAGCAGAUCAAAGAACUCAUAGAGAAAAACUCCCAGCUGGAGCAGGAGAACAAUCUGUUGAAGACACUGGCCAGUCCGGAGCAGCUCGCCCAGGUUCAGGCCCAGCUGCAGACUGGCUCCCCUCCGGCCACCACGCAGCCACAGGGGACCACACACAGCCCCCUGUGUGUGCCCCCUGCACAGCCAGCAUCCCAGGGCUUGGGAUCCACCGCGUAGCGUGCUAUGCCCCCCGGAACUGGCUGCUGCUGUCUGAACUGAACAGACCGAAGAAGAGAUGUGUUAGCGAGAAACUGCCUCCACCGUCACCCAUUUCACCGCCGUCUACGAAAGAGACGUGAGACUCACAUGCCAUUCUCGCUUUUCCCAGUAUUCAGCACUCAUAUGCUUUUGGCUUGAAGAAAUGUACUAGUUGAGUGAAUUAAAGGUUA